AUUCACAUCUAUGACUUUCCUCAACCUAAAUAUUUCUGAAUCGCGUGAGGAGGCCGAAAUCACCAGAGGCUUGGUGAUGAUAGGACCUCUCGCCGGAGGGAGAAACCAGAAAGUUUUGUAGCCGGAUUCCGAUUUGAAAACCGUUCCUGAUCUUUGCUCUUCCGUGAGAUCCUACGUUUAAGAUCCGGCUAAAUCGAGUAGCCAACGCGGGGAUCGAAGAGCUUUUAGAAGAAGGGCAUCGCCUGCGGAGUGGCUGGCUUAGGGAAGAAGAAGGGAGAAAAGGGGAGCGGUGAAAACAGAGAGGAAUGGCGCCAAGUACGAUCCGGAAGGCUAUCGGUGCGGUGAAGGACCAGACGAGCAUCGGCCUUGCGAAGGUGUCGAGUAAUGUCGCUCCUGACCUCGAUGUGGCCAUCGUGAAGGCGACUAGUCAUGAUGACGAGCCUGCCGACGAGAAGUACAUACGGGAGAUCCUCAGCCUCACCUCCUAUUCCCGCGGCUACGUUGGCCCGUGUGUGGCCACUGUUUCUCGCCGACUAGGUAAGACCCGUGAUUGGAUCGUUGCUCUUAAGGCUCUCAUGCUCGUGCACCGCCUCUUGGCCGACGGCGAUCCAGCCUUCCACCACGAGAUCCUCUACGCUACACGCCGCGGAACUCGCCUUCUCAACAUGUCUGAUUUCCGCGACGAGGCUCACUCCAGCUCUUGGGACCACUCCGCCUUUGUUCGCACCUACGCCCUCUAUCUCGAUCAACGCCUUGAGUGCAUCAUUUACGAUCGUAAGCAUGCAAAUGGCGGUGGGGCUGGCGCUGGGGCUGGCGCUGGUGGUGGUGCUGGCGCAAUCGUCCCUUACGGCGGGUCCUAUAACUCCCCUCGCGAUCAGCAGCAAUGGAGAUCACCGGCUUCAUACCACUACUCGGAUUAUGGUGAUCCAGACCCUUACGGCGGUGGCAACUAUGGGAGGAACUCGUCUUCUUUUUCGUCCCCUCGGCAGGGCGAGGAGAAAAAACCCGCUACUCCUCUUCGGGAGAUGAAACCUGAGAAAGUGUUGGGUCGGAUGCAUCAGCUGCAACAGCUACUCGAUCGGUUUCUCGCCUGCAGGCCUAUGGGUUUGGCUAAAAACAGCAGGAUGAUAUUUGUUGCUCUCUAUCCAAUUGUCAGAGAGAGCUUCCAGCUCUAUGCUGACAUCUGUGAGAUUCUGGCUGUGCUACUGGACCGCUUUUUUGACAUGGAUCAUGCCGAUUGUGCGAAAGCUUUUGAGGCCUAUUCUAGUGCAGCCAAGCAGAUUGACGAGCUCACUGCAUUCUACGCAUGGUGCAAGGAGACGGGAGUGGCCAGGUCAUCAGAAUAUCCAGAAGUGCAGCGCAUAACAGAUAAACUUUUGGAGACCCUCGAGGAGUUCAUGAGAGACAAGGCAAGAAGGCCAAAAAGCCCUCCGAGGCAGGAAGAACCAGCUCCUGCAGUGCAAGAGGAAGAGCCAGUGCAGGAUAUGAACAGCAUAAAGGCGCUUCCUGCUCCAUCUGACUACGUGGAGCAGCCUGAACCAGAGGAGGAGCCCAAACCAGAACCCAAGCCCCAGCCUCAACCCCAAGGUGAUUUAGUUGAUCUUAGGGAGGAUGUAUUAACAGCUGAUGCACAAGGAAACAAACUUGCAUUAGCCCUUUUCUCCACCGGAGCUGGUUCAGCCAAUGGGACAUGGGAGGCAUUCUCUCGUGACGGAGAAGGUCAAGUAACUUCUGCUUGGCAGACACCAGCAGCAGAGCCGGGGAAAGCUGACUGGGAGCUUGCAUUGGUCGAGACAGCCAGUAACCUAGCAAAGCAGAAGGCUGCAUUAGGUGGAGGCUUUGAUCCUCUCCUUCUCAAUGGCAUGUAUGACCAAGGUGCUGUCAGACAACACAUCAAUGCCCAGGCGAGCUCAGGAAGCGCCAGUAGCGUUGCUUUACCAGGGCCUGGGAAGGCUGCCACACAGGUCUUGGCCUUGCCCGCGCCUGAUGGCACAGUUCAGAACAUAGGAGGAGACCCUUUUGCUGCUUCACUGAGCAUCCCUCCUCCAUCCUAUGUGCAAAUGGAUGAAAUUGUGAAGAAGCAACAGUUGCUGGCUCACGAGCAGCAGCUGUGGCACCAAUACGCUAAGGAUGGGAUGCAAGGCCAGGCUAGCCUGUCUAGGCUGAGCGGUACUAACUACUACUCCAACCCAGCCAUGCCAUAUGGGAUGCCAAUGGUGCCGCCGCCCGCCGGAUACUACUAUCCACACGUGUAACGGUCUUCCUUUCCACCCUUUUGUUCCUUUAUUUUGUCCCGAGCUUCAUUUUUGUGUCUUUGUCUGUGUGGAUGUUCACUUCGGUUGCUCUAUAUUCUCUGGAUGUUUUAUCAACAUCGAUUGCUGUGUUCAUUGGCUA